GUACAUUCCGCGAAGGCCAGCAAAAGACUAACGAAUAAAUGCCUAUCUAUUUAGCGUAUAUUGCUUCGCAAUCACACAAAUAUACCUGACAGAUCACUUGUACAUUUGUACGCAAGAUCAACGGGGCAGUGCUCCUAAAAUGCGCAACGUGAAGACGUAUUACUAUUGGAAAACUCAAUUCGCUGGCGUGAACUUCACUGAAGAUAUCAUGACUAUUUUUCUCUGAGAAAUAAAUGUUCAUUAUAUUUUUCUUACAGUGUAAAAUCGAUUAACCGCCCUCUUUUUUCUCUCGCACAAAUUGCGGGCAAAUUAUUUCUAUAGCAUUUUCCGUUCAAUAUCAUUACUUGGUUAUCUUAUAACAUAUUCACCACGUUGUGCUUAAUAUUUUAUGUUAUUUCGGGAAAGUAAGGUUGUGACAAAUUUAUGAAAAAUGCUGUAGACAAUUUGAAAAAAUUAGAUAAUUUGCCUGAAUUACGUAAUUCACUGUAGGUAAUUUAGCUAAAAGAAAAAUACAGAAAAGUAGUCGACCUAUUCUUCGGUAGAAGAUGCAAUUCUGAUCGACAUAUUCUCAAACGCAGUCGAAUGAUCGAAGAAGAAUGAUACGUAUAGUUGAACAUUUUAGAAUCCAUCGAAUUUUACUACUUGCUAUUGGCUUAUGGCCUUACAAUCCAUCAAAAUUUGUUAAACUUCGAUUAUUACUGUUUAUUCUUAUUACAAAUAGCUUUAUUAUAUUUCAGUUUACAUCAUUUAUAACUGCGGAAUGUACUGCUGAUCAUAUCCUUAAAGUUCUGUCUGUAAUGCUUUUUUUCCUUUUCUGUGAUGUACAUUACACUUCCUAUUGGAUUAACGCACAUAUUCUGAAAGGUUUUGUGGAGCGCCUCCAACAUGUCUACAACGAUUUAAAAGAUGAAAACGAAAUCGCUAUAUUCAACAAGUACGGAAACAUUGCGGAUCAUAUUACCGUUAUAAUUACAUCUUUUACGGCAUGCAGCGUACUUAUUCUUUCUCUUUUGCCACUAUUGCCUUGUAUUCUUGGUACCUUUUUAUUCGCAAAUGAAUCUCACCCACUUUACAAUAUAAUUGAAACUGAAUAUUUCGUUGAUGAAGAAAAGACUUUUUAUUUGACUUUGCUGCACACGUAUGCAUCUCUUUACAUAGGAGUGACUGCUACAGUGGGAGGAGGUUUGGUAGUAUUAACAUACAUAAUACACAUUUGCGGUUUAUUUAGCAUUGCUAGGUACCGUAUGAAUCAAUUGCUGAUAUUAAAUAUUCACGACAAAACUAAUCUGAAAAACAAUAUGGACAUCGAUGAGAAGAUAGCUCGUAUAGUGGAUUUUCACUGCAUAGCCUUUGAGUUGUCUGAAUUUUAUGUAUCUAAUUUCAAUGGAACAUAUUUUUGUAUAAUAUUGCUAGUCGUAAUAUGUUUAAGUCUUAAUCUCUAUCAAGUCUUUCAAAGUGUAUUGCAUCGAACGAGUGUAGAGGAAAGUGUAUUCCACCUUAUAUUUGCAGUUGCUAUUAUUAUAUAUUCAUUUGUGUCCAACUAUGCCGGUCAAGAAGUUAUAGAUCAUUAUAACGACAUGUUUUAUGUUGCAUACAACAUUCAAUGGUAUACGACCCCUAUACGCAUACAGAGAUUGAUAUUGUUUCUGUUGCAACGAAGCUGUAAGAUUUACUGCCUCAGGAUAGGUGGGCUUUUUAAUCCAUCUUUAGAAUGCUUUGCUUCGCUGUUUGCUGCAUCCAUGUCUUACUUUACUAUGAUGUAUUCUACACAGAAGUGAUAACAAUAUCAAUCACUUAAUAGCAUAUUGAAAAAACUAGGUACGCUGAAAUAUCAACAAUUAUCCUAUUUUUAUAUAAAAGUUUUGUAUUUUAAUUAAUUUCAUAAAAUUAUCGAUAUACGAUUAAUAUCAAAUAAUAUUAUAAUGCAGUUUACGUAAAAUUACGGAAAACAAUCGUAAGUAAUGUGUGAAUAAAUAAAACAUGAUGCACCGGUGAUAUUUUCUGAUAGUGUGUGUAGUGUGAUGUGAUGUAGUGUAUGUGCAAGUGCAUGACUGCGUUUGUGCACAUAUGUGUCCGCGUUUUUUGUGUGUGUGUUUCUACGUACUAUAUCCCUCCAUAUAUCUAAACAUAUUUUUUAUUUAGUGUUUAUCUUGCAUGCUUGGGAAUCUUCCAAAUAUCUAUAAUCUCCUAAAUAUCUGUAAUCGUUAUACUGUAUCGUUAUGAAAGUAGCAUUCAUAUUAUUAUGCAUGCAUAUUUGAUAUCUAAAUCCUAUUAUGUGCGAAACUAAAAAAACUAACAUUAUUUAAUAUGCGCAACAUUUUAGGUAUUUUUCGUUUUUUGUUUUAUGUGUGUUAUGUUAUUUCGAUUAUGAUAUUAGUCUUAUUUCAAAAAUAAGUCGGGACGUACAUACACACAUAUAUGUUAUUAAUAUUAUUAAAUGUUAUUAAAUCAAAAAAAGCAUUUUUAGAAUGUAAUUAGAAAAUCGUCAUAUCGCAACAAUACGCAUAUACCGCACGAUACAAUUAUAUAUAACAUCACCAAAAUAUAAUAAAAAUUGCAGACAGAUCACUUGUACAUUUGAACGCAAGAUCAACGGGGCAGUGCUCCUUUUAAAAAACGGGUGUACGUUACGAAUACUAAACUGAGGGACUAAAAUGAGGAAUGUGAAGACGUAUUACUAUUGGAAAAAUCAAUUCGCUGACGUGAACUUCACUCAAGAUAUUAUGACUAUUUUUCUCUGAGAAAUAAAUGUUCAUUAUAUUUUU